AUGGGCCCUUGCGGGCCCUUCAACCUGAGCCUGGUCGGCGAGGCGACCACGUGCAUGGCGCCCGGGACUCCUAAUGCGUCGGCUGCGCCACCGUCGGGCCGUCCGGCAGCGUCACCGGCUCUGCCCAUUUUCUCCAUGACACUGGGCGCCGUGUCCAACAUGUUGGCACUAGCGCUGUUGGCGCAGGCCGCGGGCCGCCUAAGACGUCGCCGCUCAGCCGCCAUCUUUCUGCUAUUUGUCGCCAGCCUGUUAGCCACUGACCUGGCGGGCCACGUGAUCCCGGGCGCGCUAGUGCUGCGCCUGUACACAGUGGGGCGAGCACCCGCCGGUGGCGCUUGCCACUUCUUAGGCGGUUGCAUGGUUUUUUUUGGUCUGUGCCCGCUGCUGCUAGGCUGCGGCAUGGCAGUGGAGCGCUGCGUAGGUGUCACGCGGCCGCUGCUGCACGCAGCGCGCGUCUCCACUGCUCGCGCGCGCUUGGCUCUGGCCGCGCUGGCCGCGCUGGCCUUGGCCGUGGCGCUGCUGCCGCUGGCGCGCGUGGGUCGCUAUGAGCUGCAGUACCCUGGCACCUGGUGCUUCAUCGGCCUAGGCCCGGCGGGUGGUUGGCGCCAGGCUCUGCUCGCCGGUCUCUUUGCCGGCCUCGGCCUGGUCGCACUGCUUGCUGCGCUCGUGUGCAACACACUCAGCGGCUUGGCUCUGCUGCGCGCCCGUUGGCGCCGCCGCUCUCGACGGCGCUCUCUGCCCCCGGGCCCCGAUGGUCGCUUAGGCCGUCGCCGCUGGGGAGCACACUCGGCCUCUGCCUCGUCUCUCGCCUCUACUGCCCCCAGCAGCUCCUCAGGCGGCGGCUCGACGCGCCGAACCCGAGCCCACGACGUGGAGAUGGUGGGCCAGCUCGUGGGCAUCAUGAUGGUGUCGUGCAUCUGCUGGAGCCCACUGCUGGUGUUGGUGGUGCUGGCCGUUGGUGGCUGGGGCUCCAGCUCUUUACAGCGGCCACUGUUUCUGGCCGUGCGCCUCGCCUCCUGGAACCAGAUCCUGGACCCCUGGGUGUACAUUCUGCUGCGCCAGGCAGUGCUACGCCAGCUACUUCGCCUCCUGCCCCCGAGGGCCAGCACUAAGGGUGGCCACGUGGGGCUGAGCCUGACCCGGAGUGCCUGGGAGCUCAGCUCCAGGCGCAGCUCCCGGCACAGUAGCCUCGGUCACUUCUAG